UACUCAUUCUUUUUUAAUCAUAGCAUGGAUGGGAAGAAACUGGAGUAUAGGGGUGAGGAUGCCUUGAAGGAGAUUGAAAAGUUAACGGCAAAGGCUGCUGAAGUUCAGGAUGGCAUCUUGAAAGAAAUCAUAAAGCAAAACGUUGAAACCGAGUAUUUGAAUAAGUAUAUGAAAGGAUCUAAAGAUGUUUCUGAGUUUAAACGUUGUGUCCCGGUUAUUACCUACAAGUAUAUCUAUCCCUAUAUCCAGAGAAUUGCUAAUGGUGAAGGCUCUUCCCUCAUUACUGGUCAGCCCAUAAUUGAAAUACUGUGCAGCUCAGGGACUUCUGCUGGAGAGCCUAAAUUAAUGCCAUCAAUAGCAGAAGAUCUUGACCGUCGAACCUUUCUUUAUAAUCUCAUCAUGCCAAUUAUGAACCAGUACAUUUGCGGUCUUGAUGAGGGCAGGGCCAUGUAUCUCUACUUUGUCAAGGCUGAAAUGUCUACACCCUGUGGCCUGCCAUUUCGAACCGUGCUCACUAGCUACUACAAGAGCAAGCACUUCAAGUGCCGAGCACGAGACCCAUUUAACGAUUUUACAAGCCCUGAUCAAGCCGUCUUGUGCAAUGAUAGCAGCCAAAGCAUGUACUGCCAGUUGCUAGCUGGUCUAGUCCAUCGUCACCAGGUCAUGAGGCUAGGGGCAGUAUUUGCAUCUGCUCUUCUUCGGGCCAUCUCUUUUCUUGAGCGUAAAUGGGUUCAACUAUGCAAUGACAUCCGCACUGGCCAGCUUGACCUUACGAUCGUAGACCCUGCAUGCCGGUCAUCAAUGACAACAAUACUAACAUCACCUAACCCCCAUCUAGCUGAUGAGAUUGAGGGCAUUUGUAGCUGUCCAUCUUGGAAGGGAAUCCUAUGUCGCCUUUGGCCUAGGGCCAAGUACAUUGAGGCUGUAGUCACCGGCUCCAUGGCACAGUAUAUACCAGCUCUUGAGUUUUACAGUGCAGGGAAGUUGCCAUUGGUCUGUACUAUGUAUGCUUCCUCUGAAUGUUACUUUGGAAUCAACUUGAAACCCUUGUGUGACCCUGCAGAAGUAGCAUUUACCCUCUUGCCUAACAUGGGCUACUUUGAAUUUUUACCUUUGGGAGAAAAUGGAACACUUUCCCUAGACGUAGAUGAAGAGGAGGAGGUGCCAAAUGACAGGCUUGUGGAUUUGGUGAAUGUUAAAGUCGGCUUGUAUUACGAAUUGGUGGUAACUACUUUUUCUGGUCUGUGUCGAUAUCGUAUUGGAGAUGUGCUCCAGGUGACUGGAUUUCACAAUCAAGCCCCACAAUUCCGAUUCAUCUGCAGGAGAAAUGUUGUGCUUAGUGUGGACAAUGACAAAACCAACGAGGUAGAUCUUCACAGAAGCGUCACCAUAGCAAAAAGAUUGUUAGAACCCUACAACGCUCUGCUUGUAGAAUACACCAGCUAUGCUGAUACGUCCUCUGUCCCUGGACAUUAUGUACUCUUCUGGGAAAUCCAAAUGGUAGACUCAUCCACCUCUAUCGAUGCUAAAGUGCUAGAAGAUUGUUGCAUCACUGUGGAAGAAGAGCUGGAUUAUGUAUAUAGGCAAUGCCGUAGCAGGGAAAAGACUGUGGGACCACUCGAGAUACGAGUGGUUGCGCCUGGAACAUUUGAGGCAUUGAUGGAUUUCUUCAUCAGCCAAGGGGGUUCAAUCAAUCAGUAUAAAACACCAAGGUGCAUCAAGUCUCAUACUGCUCUUAAGUUGCUUAAUUCUCAUGUCCUGGCAUCAUUAUGCAGUCCUCGAGAUCCGAAGUGGAUCCCCUUGAAUGGGUAAUACUUCGAUAUGUUUGGUUCCGUUUAUCUUUUCAAUCUAGCUAGCUAAAUUGUCUUUGUAGUUUCUAAUUGGAGUUGCAUUAAAAGCAAUAGGAUGAUCCAGUUCGUUAAUUAGAUACUAGUGCUUUGCCUCAUCGGUCAACCUGUAAUCUUCGUCUUAUUUGCAAUUGAAUAU